GAAUUGGGACGCGGCCUGAAUUUGCGGCGUUACCAUGGAGACGACGUCAACUCUGAAAACGUCCUGUGGAAAAACACAAUUUUCCUGAAAGUUGAAUCGCGGGUGAAGCAGGACGUGUCGUGUCUCUGAUCCAGGUUUCGGAUGAAUCAGCUCAGAUCUCGUCCAGGGAAGAAAUCGCGCUGUGAAGAUGAACGUUGCAGCAACGCGGCGGCAAACCGGCUCGUUUCUGCCCGACAUCAACAACAAACACAGAGGAACAACUUCUCAGCUCAGCAGGUUGAAGCAGCAGAAGACGUCUCUCCGCUCAAACCCGGCUCCGGAUAAACCGGCUCAGAUCAUCUCCAAGAAGGAAGUAGCUCGCUUCAGAUACCGUCCGGACCAGUUCCUGUGUGUGGAGACGCUGCAGGACGGUUUCCACCGGUCGUUUGCCGACAUCUUCUUCCUGCUGAGCUCAGAUCGUGGGCGGAGGGCGGCGGCCGAACCCGGUUCAGCUCUAAGAUCUCAGACGCCCCUACAGGACCAGCAGGAGAAACUGGAGACCAUGAGGCUGCACCUGACCCGGGCCGAGCAGGCCGAAAGGACCGGUUCCUGGUCGUCCUUGUGCGAGCAGCGCUGGCUCUUAGGUCGGUACUUCUCGGCUCCGGAGGACGUCUGGCUCAGUCUGCACUUCCACCACAGCUGUGCAGACAGAGAACAUGGGGGGCGCUCAAGACCUGCCACCGAGGCCCGGGCCUGCCUGGCUGAGCUCUACCUGCAGAAAGGUGACCUGGAGGAGGCGAGGCAGCAGGCGGAGCUUUGUGUGAAACAGGCGGAGGACGGCGGCUGGUUGGACCCGGACGGGCGGCCCAUGAUGUUCAGGGUCUGCAGAGAGUUGUGGAGGAUCUACAGCCGGAUCGCUGACGCCUCGCUGGCCGCCAGCCGCAGCGACGAGGCCCUGGCGCUGCUACACAAGAGCUACAGCAUUUCCACAGAGUGUGAAGACAAACAGAUGGAGGGGGAGGUGGCCUAUCAGCUGGGACUGACCUAUCAGAGCGUAGGAGACCAUGACACAGCCAAGCAGUUCUUCAACAGCUGCAUGCAGAUCUGUGGGACACUGGAGGAUCCUCAUGGACUAGUGAAGGCCUACAGGGCCAUGGCCCAGUCCUUAGAGAGCGAGGGACAAAUAGACGAGACGAUCCAGUGUCUGGAGACGUUGGCCGACAUGUCUCGUAUCAGUGGACUCCAGGACAAACUGGCCGACGCCUGCUUGUGUCAGGGCAACAUCUACUGCGCCAGGAGUCAGUACGUCAGAGGCUGUGAAUUCUUCCAGCUCGGCUACGACGUCGCCUGCAGCAUCGAAGACGUGACUCUGCUGCAGAAAGCGCAGGUGUUGCUGGCCGGCGCUCGCUCCCGUUGCCUGGUGAUGAAACACAUGGGAGACGCAGAGUCGUCCUCAAACUCCGCCCUGAGACGACUGCUGGACUGGGGGGACAACAGAGGACGCCAGGACGCUAGCACGGAGGCUACAUCAUUAGCAUCAGCUACGAGUCAAUAAACAUGAAAAUUACAUCAGAUUAAUGAGUAACUUUUAAAAUGAGCUUCUACUUCAUACUGACACAACUACAAUCUGACGUUAUCUGUGGUAACAUCAGCUCUAAUCUAUGAUAAUUUUAGCUGAUCUACUUUUAGAUUAGCUAAAAUUAUCGAUCGAUGCUAAUGUUAGAUCUAAUCUACUUUAAUUGUAGCGAAUCUACUUUGAUUUACGCAAAUCUAUGCUGAACAAUGCUAAUAUCAGACCUUAUAUACUUUAAUCUCAGAUCUAAUCUACUUUUAUGUUCAUCGCUGCUAAUCUAUGCUAAUCUAUGCUAAUUUCAGAUCUAAUAUACUUUACAAUAAUCUACUUUUAUGUUUAUUAAUGCUAAUUUAUGCUAAUCUCAGACCUUGUCUAGUUUAAAUUUAGCUAAUCUACUUUUAGAUUAGCUAAAAUUAUCGAUCAACGCUAAUCGAUGCUAAUGUCAGAUCUAAUCUACUUUGAUUUACGCUAAUCUAUGCUGAACAAUGCUAAUAUCAGACCUUGUGUACUUUAAUUUUAGCUAAUCUACUUUUAUGUUCAUCGCUGCUAAUCUAUGAUAAUCUGUGCUAAUCUCAGAUCUAAUAUACUUUACAAUAAUCUACUUUUAUGUUGAUCGAUGCUAAUCUAUGCUAAUCUCAGACCUUGUCUAGUUUAAUUUUAGCUAAUCUACUUUGAUUUAUGCUAAUCAUUGCUAAUCUAUGCUAAUCUCAGAUCUUAUAUACUUUACAAUAAUCUACUUUUAUGUUGAUCGAUGCUAAUCCAUGCUAAUCUCAGACCUUGUCCAGUUUAAUUUUAGCUAUUCUACUUUGAUUUAUGCUAAUCUCAGAUCUAAUAUACUUUACGAUAAUCUACUUUUAUGUUCAUCAGUGCUAAUCUAUGCUAAUCUAUGCUAAUCUCAGACCUUGUCUAGUUUAAUUUUAGCUAAUCUACUUUGAUUCACGCUAAUCAGUGCUAGUCUAUGCUAAUCUGAGGUUUCACCUUCCCUCAUAGCGUCACACUGAUUGUUGUGACAUAAACCAGUUGUGUAUCCGCUGUGUUUUCUCACCUCUUCAUCAAACAAACGUCUUGCGUUUAAUCUUCUUUGCUUCAAAUGUCAAAAACAAAAUCGAUUUAAAACAUAUUUAGAAAAAAGCAUCGCGUUUACCUUCAGCGUCGCUCCUAUUAGCAUUCACUGGUCAUUAGCAUUUAGCUUCCGUUUGCUUUUAGUUUUCUUUAGAGACAAAUAACCUAAAAGAAAGGGAAGAAAGGUUCAACUUUGCAUAAGAGCCGAGACUCAUUGUUUAUAGCUACACAUUGUUUUUUUGUAUUAAAUCAAGUUUAAAAAUAUAUUUUGAUCUGUGGGUUUUAUAUUUUUUAUUAAUGUGUGUAUGAAACAACUCAUUUUCAGUUUUAAAUAUAAGGGUUAAAUAAUAAUAAACGACCGUAAAUAUCUCUAAAUAAAGUGUAAUUUGUGA